AUGGAGGACAUCAAACACAAGCCCACACAAUAUAUGAACAGAGAGCGCCUAACGCGCUGGGCGUACCUGGCAUUCGCCGUGUCCACGCUGUAUGUCAUUGAGCGCGCAAAAAACAACAAGAUCCCGCGCGAGAACUUUUUGGGAAUGAUGGCGUCGCUGCUGCCCACAGAACUCUCACACAAUAUUGCAGUCAUGCACACGUGUCUCGUAACUUUUCUAUUGAAGAAGAAGAUGCCGAUUUUCUCGCACUGGAGCGGCGCCAUUGCGGGACUCGUGCAGUGUCUUAUAGCUGCAAAUCUUGUCAAGUCGUACCGACGAAACCUCUCGUCGAAGGAGAUCAUGCGCAAUGCGUUAAGCACUUCUGACAUUGUAACGGAGAAGUUGAAGGAUAUUGGCCAAAUGACGUUAAAGCGAUGGUUAGGCGUGUUACUACCAUUGCCACAGCCCAUGGCCAUAUCACUGAGCUAUCCCGGCGUCAGCAAGAUUCGCACACUUGCUUACGCGCAUGUCGGGAAAAUGAAAACCCGGAAGUUGCUCAUGGACGUGUACAAACACCGAGAUACACCAUCCAAUGCACCCAUUUUCCUGUACAUCCAUGGAGGAGGCUGGGUCAUCGGCGAUCGUCGGAUCCCACCGUUUCCUUGCGUUUACCUGGUCGCCUCGAUGGGGUGGGUGGUAUGCGUAAUCGACUAUCGGCUUUCCCCCGGAGUGGCGUUCCCCACUCACUUGAUCGACUCGAAGCGUGCUGUUGCUUAUCUUCGUCGAAAUGCGCGCACUGAGUUUGAUGCCAACCCGGAGUUUAUUGCUGUAGGCGGUGAGUCUGCCGGUGGGCACUUGGCAAGUUUAAUAGGUCUUACAGCGGAUGACAAGUCUUUACAGCCUGGCUUCGAGGAUGUGGACACUAGUGUGCGCGCAGUUGUCGAUAACUAUGGUGUUCAUGACUUUACAGACCGGCAUGGUAUAUACUACUCUCGUGACAAAACCCACGGUCUGAUACGCUACCUCGAGUUUCUGGUAAUGCAGAAGAAGCUCAAGAACAACAACGAAGACUUUCAGCGCGCGUCACCUAUCGCCUACUUGGAUGAUGAGCGCGCAGCACGUCGCCAUAGCAUUAUUCCACCUUUCAUGAUUACGCACGGUACUCAUGAUAACAUCGUGUCGUUCGAAGACUCACGUCUGUUCUUCGAUCGCUUACUCCAAUACCGCCAAAACCUUCCCCAGAAUAUUCAAGUCUACCAGGAUAAGCAACUCGGCGGUGUGCAGGAUGUCUUCAUCAAGGUGCCCUUCGCAAGUCACAUGUUCAACUUCCUCCUUUCACCACGAGCCUUGGCUCAUGGCGACGCUGUCUGUGUCUUCCUUGAUAAUGUGUUCAGUAAGACCAAGGAGGUACGGCUUGACGCUCGAAUAUUCCCCAGCUGCGUCGAGGACAACGCAGCAGUCCCAAUGACCGUCGAGAAUGUCGUUGAAGGCAGUGUUACGGAGACAUUGCCUUCUGUUGCAUUAGCAAGGUUGUAG